AAAAUUUAAGGAUUUAUGUGAUGAACUUUCAGAAAGCGAAGAUAAUCUUUUUGCUUAUGAGUUUUGUUUUGAAAUGGCAAAACAUUAUAAUUACGAAUCAGAGCAUCAAACUAAAGCAAAUAAAAUGCUAUCUGAAUAUCUCAAAUGCUCUGUACAACCAAUUGUGACUAAAGGUCAUUGUCACACUAAUGGUACUGUAUGUUAUGGUGAUGGCCCUAACGUAUAUUGUGAGGUUAAUGUGAAAUACAAGAGGCAUAACUGUAGCUCCGAUGCCUGUCCCUAUCUUGAAAAUUGUGGACAUUAUUUAAUUUUUUGCAUGGAAAAAAAAGAACAUUCCUCCUACCAUGAGACUAAUUUUCCAUGCUUUUUGAUUGUAAUUUCUGAUGUUGCUAUAGUUGACCUGCUCACCCUAGUCUUUCCUCUUAUUUGGCAAAAAUAUAACGAAGCGAUGAUGGUAUCAAUUGCCAAAAUAUUUCAUGAACCUCAAACUAUCUAUCCUGUGCAUCCUUUAUUUCCAGAAGUGAUUAUAGAUGAUAAAUCUUACAUGGUUCAUAUUAAUUCCCAAGUUAGUACAAAUCUUCUUUGGGAAGUUACACUUUUAAAUGAGCAAAGGCCUCAUCUUACAGUCUACGUGAGAGCUGUUCAAAAAUAUCAAUAUUUACUUGAUACACAUAAGCUCUUAGAUGAAGUUGAAUAUGCUCCAAAAGUCUUUACUACUUCAGUAAUUCCUGGAAACUGGAUUUUGGUUUAUAUGGAAAGUUUGAACAAUCAUUCAAUACUACAUAAUAUUACCUCUAACCUUGAUAAUCAAAAACAGAGUUCUCUGAGAAAAAAAAUAAAAGAGGUAGUUAAAUAUUUGAAUAAUUCAGGAUACGUUCAUGAAGACUUGUGUGAAGAGAAUAUUCUAGUUCAUCAACUUGAAGAUAACGAAUUUAACGUUAAAUUGAUUGAUUUUGAAUAG